AUGAUGGACACUGCGACGCUGAACACGGUGUUUGGUGCUGUGGUCGCCUUUGGCGGCCUCAUGGGCUACCUCAAGAAGAAGUCCCUUCCAUCCCUGAUCGCUGGUGGUGGCAGUGGCCUCGCUUAUGCCGUGACUGGCUACUUGAUUCGGUCCGGCAAUGAGAGCGCUGGCAUCAACACUGCGAUUCUGCUCUCCCUCGUGCUCGCCAUCGUGAUGGGUCGCAGGGCCGCCAAGGCAAAGAAGUUCAUGCCUGCCGGCCUUGUUGCCGCCAUUGCCUCUGCAGCUCUGCUUGUCAAUGGCAAGCGCGCCUUGGAAAUGUAA